UCAGUGGGGCUCGGAACUCGCCAGGACACCGGGUGUCAGUCAGUCUGUGGACCAGAAACAGCGAGAGGACGCUGACCGCGCUACAGCACAGAGUCCUUUGGAGAGCGGCAGGAGUUCGGUUUGUUCUCCGCGGUGGGAUGGAAUUUGACAGAAUGGAUGAAAACGAUUGGAAAUACCACGGAGAAGGAAACAAGAGCUUGGUGGUCUCCCAUGUUCAGCACUGCAGAGUUUUACGUCUCCUCAAAUAUCCAGCAGAAGAUUCUGAGAACCCUCCACAGACGGCGGAGCAGGCCUUCAGGCAGAUCCAGAACAUCGUGGACUUCAGCUCCAACGUCAUGAGCAGCCUGCUGGGGGGAAAGUUCGUCCACAGUGGGGAAGUUGUCAGACUGCCGCUGGAGUUUGUUCGACAGCUAUCCAUCAAGAUUCAGCAUCAGAGACCCGCCUGGCGCUGUGAUAAAGUCAUGGACAUCUACAGCGGCUGCGCACUCUGCCUGCCCAACCUCACGUCUCCGACCCUGCACCAGCAAACACCCAGCCCGCCCCUCUGCAUCGAGAUCAAGCCUAAAUGUGGCUUCCUGCCGUCCCCCAAACACGUCAGCAAGGACAUCAAGACCAGAGUGUGUCGCUACUGCAUGCACCAGCACUACAAGGUGGCCAAUGGGAAGUGGAAGAGACGCAGUCUUUACUGUCCUCUGGACCUGUUCUCAGGAAACAGACAGAGAAUGCAUUUCGCCAUCCGGCACCUGAUAGAAGAACCACAGAACAACCUCAAAGUGUUUAAGGGGGGUCAGUGUAUUUACAGCAGUAAAGAGGGCAGCGACGAGUCGCCCGACCUGAACGCUCUGCUGCAUCACCUCAGACCCUACUUCCUGCGUGGAAACAACCGCAUCAAUGGUCACAUGACCACCAAAGCUGUCCUGAACGACUUCAUCCAGGUCCUGGUGAACGCCCUGCUGAGCGCCUCGGGAGGAGAUGGAGGUCAGGUGACGGACAGAGCAGGAGGGGGGCGGAGCUUCUGUGAGGCCAGUCUGUUCAACACUGAGCGAGUUCGGCAUGGAUCUCAGGGUUUACCCACCAACAGCGUUCUGUCCAGGAUCCUUCAGACUCAGAUGUUGGACACUUUGGACAUCGAAGGACUUUAUCCUCUGUACCGCCGACUGGAACAACACCUGCAGGACUUCCCUAAGGACAGGACCCGCCUCCAGAUAGACGGGCCGUACGACCAGAACUUCCUGGAGAAAGUGCAGAAAAGUUCGAUGGAGGACGACGGUUCUGUGGAGUACGCUGCAGCAAAGGUCCAUCAGUACCGGAUCGCCAUGACUGCUAAAGAUUGCUCCAUCAUGGCUGCUCUUGUUCCGGGCGUUGAAGAGGAGAACGAUGAUGAAGACCUCUCUUCUCAGAAGCAUCUCAGGGACUUCAGACCUCAGGCCUUCUCCUCCUCCGUCUCCAUCCUGGAUUUGGAUCCCAAACCGUUGGACAGCAUCCCCCGCCAGCUGCGUCUGGACCAGAAGAUUGUCUCCUGUUACCUGAGGACGGGCGGUGCCUUGCCCAGGGGCUCGCUGCCGCUGCUCCCCAGCAUCAGGACCGAACGCUGCUCUUCCAGCCGGUGUGAACAGACGGUUCUAUCUGCUGCUGCUCGGAGUAAAGAAGUGGAAACAGAACCUGCUUCUGAAUCCAGAGGGAGGUCCAUUCAGGAUUGGUUCUGAUUCUGUUCACCACAAUCUAACAGCUUCAUUCUGUCACAAGCGUCCACUCUGACCUCCCCUUGGAUGGAUGCUGCUGUCAUGGCAACAAGCUCUGAUGUCAGAAGUCCUAAGCUGAGUCUGUCUUCAUCAUCAUCAUCAUUAACACUAACAGCCGUGAUACAAACAGUCAGCAGGCGUCUGCUGCAAAGCAUUUAAAGGUCCAAUGUGCUGUUAAAGGGUCAGUUCACCAGAACCAGAAGCAUGGAAACCUCCUGGGUCAGACGGUUCUGGACUCUUGGCUUCAAGAGACUGAAAACUCAGAGAUGAGGAGGACAGCCCUACAUGUAGUUUUAACACGUUAUUAAAAACUUUAAACUACAACAGUAUCGGGUCGAGCCGAGACCUCUGAGGAGUUCUGUUCUCUGAGCUCCGUACUUUAACUUCCACCGAUGUCAGGUCAGAUUUUAAUCGGUUUGGUUGUUUACUAAUCUGUCCAAAGCCGUAAACAAACAGCAGCUGUUAGAUGUUCUGAUCCAAAGCUCUGCUCUCAGACUUUCCUUCCUCUGAUCCGGCCCAUCCUGUCUGUGUUCUGGUCCAGCAGUUCUCUGGGCUUCCUGUGGGUCUUCCACAGGUUUCCUUUGGACUUUAGCUGUUGUUCCUGUUCAUGUCCAGCAGAUGAACAGGAUGUGAAGAAAGCCCGGAAACUGUUGGUCAACACACUUCCAGAGAGGAACAAGUCUGGCUGUUUGAGAGAAAAACCUGUAAAAAUAGGGCCCGGUUGGAAGUUCUGAUCCAGUACCGUUUGUUCCCACUUAGCUUCAGGUCUAAUAAUGUUCUUAGGAGGUUCUAUCAGAUCUGAGGUCCGAUCUGUGGACUGAAAACUCCUCCAGAGCCGUUUUUAGAUCUUAAACUCUCUGGGUUCUGACCUUCACGCUGCUGCUCUGCUGGUUCUGGUGCCUAACAUUGCUGCUUCCUGUUUGUUGGUUCUGGAGUGUUGCGAUGGGUCUAGAGGACUCUGAUGGUGCGUUUUUGUUGAAGAACCUAAAUCUGUUACAGGCUGCGUUUCUCUGCAGCCCAGAACUACGAAUACCUGGAACUCCUGACGGGUCCAACGAGGCCCGUUCAGCAGGUUCAGACCGGUUCUACUGGACCUGCUGUUUGAGGCUUCAUACAACUGGUAACACUUGACCUCAGUUCCUGUACGCAGCGUCCACUCUCCAUCAGCCAAUCAGCAGCAGAGUCUGACCCCUUCAUGGAGAGCGGACGGCAGCGAACGGAACCAACCACUGAUGAUUGGGUCUGAAUGACGGCGCCGCCUGCAGCACGGAUCCAUCAGGAAUAUGACAUCAUCAACAUUUUCCUCAGUUAAAGUUGCUGCUCCCUCAUCAGCUGAUCUCAUCAAUUGGGAGGAUUUAGAUUUUCAGGCUGAAAACUCAACAUUUUUAUUCCAGGCAGUUUGAGGUUAAAAACAUCCUGCAUAAAAUUAGUCAAAUGUUUAAAGGUGAAGAUUUAUUUUAUAUUGAAGGAUGUGGAUUUUCUUUUUAAUAUGAGUAGUUAGCUUUAAACUAAGAUGAAAAUUUUACACACGCCAGGAAAAACGUCAGCUUUUAGUGAUGAUGAUGAACCAUUUUUAAGUUUAUAUACAUUUAAUGUGACAUUUAUCCUGAACAAUUCAAGAGAAACACAAACUAAUCUGAUGGUGAAGGGAAGAAAAAUGAACUUGUGAAAUUCUGAAGUGACCUACUUGCAUAAGUUUGUGCAGCCUCUAA